AUGGCUAUCGCCAGGGCUCAAAAUGUGAUCAAUGGCGUUAAAGAUCACCUUUCUACACCUACGAUCGAUGAUUCCAAGCACAACGUACCUCUCGAGGUCCCAGUGCUUAUCAUAGGCGGAGGGCCGACAGGUCUUCUUCAAGCAUAUCUCCUAGCUCAGUUGCAAAUUAAAUGCUUGAUCAUUGAGCGAUAUCCGGAGCGUCUAGGUGCACCCAAAGCCCAUGCACUGUCUCCAAGAACUCUUGAGAUAUGUCGACAGUUCAGAUUGGAUGUCAAGAAGAUUCGCCAACUGGGUACGAAAAGGGCGGAUGCAUUCUGGGUGAACUUUCUCACCAAUUUGAGUGGCAAGUCCGUCGGGGUCUUGCCGUACGAGCGUAUGGAUGUCGAUGUCCUACAACAUACUCCAGAGAUGAUUCACAACAUACCACAACCAACUUUCGAACAAUUUCUCACAGACGUCAUUUCUAAAGAAACAAACGUUGAUCUUCGCAAAGGGGUAUCUUUCGUGUCCCUGGAACAAAUCGAUGGCGUGGUGGUGACAACGGUCGAAGAACGGGCUACAGGCCAUCAUUUCCAGAUCAAAUCUAAAUUCGUAGUCGGUUGCGACGGGGCGAGGAGCAAAGUCCGCGCAUUCUUAGGUAUUGAGAGCGAUGGAGAGGAUUCAUACGAAACAAUGAUGACUAUUCACUUCAACGCAAAUCUUCGCCCCAUUGUUGGCGAGCGCGUUGGUAUGCUUCACUGGAUUAUGGACCCGGAAGCAUCAGGCUUUAUCAUUGCUUAUGAUCUUUCGGGGGACUCUGUGCUUAUAAGUAAUUUUGAUGCACAGAAGUACCCAGUUGACAGUUGGAAUCAAGAUCUAUGCCGCAAAGUUGUUACGAGUGCAUUGGGGGUCGAUACAACUUUUCAAAUCCAUAGCUACCGUCCAUGGCUACUGAGCCGAAGGGUUGCAAAGUCAUACCGAUGUGGAAAUGUCUUCUUGGCUGGCGAUGCUGCACACUCCUUCCCUCCGACAGGUGGACUUGGCCUUAACUCCGGCUUGGGAGAUGUCCACAAUCUAGCAUAUAAGCUUGCAAUGGUACUCAAAGGCGAGGCCGCAGAUGGGCUGCUGGACAGCUACGAAGCCGAGAGAAGACAGGUUGCUAUAGUGAACUCGAUUCAAAGUGUCAAGAACGGGAAGCAGAUUUUUCAACUACUGAAAACUCUGGGGAUAGGCGAUGAUGCGACCCAGGCUCGCAAGAAUCUGUACGCCUCACUCCAGGAUCCUGAUAAGAAACGACUGAUCGACGAGGGUGUUGAAGGGCAAAGGGAGCAUUUUGACAAUUUGGAGCUGCACAUUGGCUAUGUGUAUGGCACGGAGAAAAUCCCGCCACAUGCAUCUUUGUAUGAACCCAAAUUCGAAGUCGGCGCACGGCUACCUCAUACCUGGAUUACCCUGCAGCAGACACGCCUUCAGCCUGUGGACGUUUCAUAUGUCACGGAAAUAUCCACUGAAGCCGCUCAACGCUGCACCUACAGCACUCUCGACCUGUGUGAGCCCGGAUCUUUUAGCAUCAUUGGCGAGCUUGAGGUUCCUAGCGUUAAGACUUCACGUCUAGGGCGAGACUUCAGUGUCGUUGGACCAGAAGGCGAUUGGUGGCUUGAGCGUACGGGGCUGUUCAAUGGCGGAGGAGUGCUCGUAAGGCCAGAUCAGCACAUACUCAUGCUCUUGACCGCCGAUACAACCGCCGAAGACGUCCAGAGGGUGAUUAACAGGCAUUUAGGUAUAUGA